AUGCCCCGCAAAGCCAUUGACUCGCGCAUCCCGGCGCUCAUUCGGAAUGGCGUCCAAGAGAAGAAACGGAGCUUUUUCGUCGUGGUCGGUGACCGCGCCAAGGAUGUGAUUGUGCAUCUCCACUACAUCAUGUCCAGCGUCGAUGUGAAGCAGAACAAGUCAGUGUUGUGGGCUUAUAAGAAGGACCUAUUGGGAUUUACGAGCCACCGCAAGAAGCGUGAAGCGAAGAUCAAGAAGGAAGUCAAAAGAGGCAUUCGCGAACCGAACCAGGAGGACCCUUUCGAGCUUUUCAUCACUCUCAACCAGAUCCGCUAUGUCUAUUACAAGGAGACGGAGAAGAUCCUGGGUAACACAUAUGGCAUGUGUAUCUUGCAAGACUUCGAGGCUCUUACACCAAACUUGCUCGCACGCACCGUUGAGACAGUUGAGGGAGGGGGCAUGGUGUUGCUCCUGCUGAAGAGCAUGAAUAGUCUGAAACAGCUAUACACAUUGUCCAUGGACAUUCACUCGAGAUACCGCACGGAGGCACAUGACGAUGUGGUUGCCCGCUUCAACGAGCGGUUCAUUCUGUCAUUGGGUAGCUGCGAUUCGUGCUUGGUGGUUGAUGAUGAGCUGAACGUCUUGCCGAUCUCUGGCGGCAAGGAUGUGAAGCCUCUUCCUCCCCCCGAGUCUACCGAUGAAUCCAACUCGGGCACAAAGAAGGAAUUGAAAGAAAUCAAAGAGAGUCUAGCCGAGUCCCAGCCUGUCGGCCCUCUGCUCAACCUGGCGCGCACUGUGGACCAAGCAAAGGCGCUCCUGACCUUUGCUGAUGCCAUUGCGGAGAAGACUCUAAAGAGCACUGUUGCUCUCACCGCAGGUCGAGGUCGAGGAAAGUCAGCCGCUUUGGGUAUUGCAAUUGCUGCCGCAAUUGCUCACGGAUAUAGUAACAUUUUCAUCACCUCGCCGAGUCCCGAGAACUUGAAGACGCUUUUUGAAUUCGUUUUCAAGGGUUUCGACGCGCUCGGGUAUCUCGAUCAUGUCGAUUACACAAUCUUGCAAUCAACCAAUCCCGAUUUCAACAAGGCUAUUGUGAGAGUCAAUGUCCACCGCAACCACCGUCAAACUAUCCAAUACAUCCAGCCCCAGGAUGCGCACGUCCUAGGUCAGGCUGAGCUGCUGGUGAUUGAUGAGGCGGCUGCUAUCCCGCUGCCAUUGGUACGAAAGCUGAUGGGACCAUACCUGGUGUUCAUGGCAUCGACCAUCAACGGUUAUGAAGGCACGGGCCGAUCACUGUCUCUGAAGCUGAUCCAGCAGCUCCGAGAACAGUCGCGUGGUGGUAUCAAGGCCGAUGACACAGAUGUUGCGGACCGCAGCACAGGCAAGGCUGCGAAGAAUGCCGGCACCAACAUGGGCGGCCGAUCACUGAGGGAAAUCACUCUGGCAGAACCAAUCCGAUAUGCACCUGGCGAUUCGGUUGAGAAGUGGCUAAACAAGCUUCUGUGCCUCGAUGCAACACUCCCCAAGUCCCGGAUGAACACACAAGGCUGCCCCCAUCCUUCGCAGUGCCAGCUGCUUCAAGUCAACCGCGACACCCUGUUUUCUUUCCACCCAGUUUCCGAGAAGUUCCUGCAGCAGAUGAUGGCGCUUUAUGUCGCCAGCCAUUAUAAGAACACGCCGAACGACCUCCAACUCAUGAGCGAUGCACCUGCGCAUCAGCUCUACGUUCUUGUGCCGCCCAUCGAUGAAGAAGCCACGAAGCUUCCCGAGCCACUCUGUGUCAUCCAGGUCGCCCUUGAAGGUCGCAUCAGCCGGCAAAGCGUUCUCAACAGUUUGAGUCGCGGCCAGAGAGCCGGUGGUGACCUGAUCCCAUGGCUGGUGAGCCAGCAGUUCCAAGAUGAGGACUUCGCCAGUCUCUCGGGCGCCCGGAUUGUCCGGAUUGCGACCAACCCAGAAUACGUGGGCAUGGGAUAUGGCUCACGGGCACUGGAGCUCUUGAUGGAUUUUUACGAGGGCAAGUUCACGAGCUUGGACGAAACCAUGACUGCGUCUCAGGGAGAAAUGGUGCGACUCACAGACAGCGAGCUUGCUAAUUCCAGUUUGCUGGAUGACAACGUCCGCGUCCGGGACAUUCGCUCCAUGCCUCCACUGUUCGGGAAACUGUCGGAACGUCGACCCGACACUCUCGACUACCUCGGUGUCAGCUACGGUCUCACCCCGACGCUUCACAAGUUCUGGAAACGCUCCGCCUUCGCCCCCGUCUACCUGCGCCAGACUGCUAAUGAACUCACUGGCGAGCACUCCUGCGUGAUGCUGCGAACACUCGCCACUGGUACCAAUGACGCUUCCUGGCUGGGCGCCUUCGCACGGGACUUCCACCGUCGGUUCCUGUCGUUGCUGUCCUACCAGUUCCGCGAGUUUCCCUCGGUGCUUUCGGUCAGUAUCUGCGAAUCUGCCAAUGCUGGCGCUAAGCUCGACCUGUCUGUCGCGCCGCGUACCCUCAGAAAAGCUGACCUCGACGCCGUCUUCUCGCCCUUUGACCUCAAGCGACUGGAUAGCUACGCCAACAAUCUCCUGGACUACCACGUCAUCCUGGACAUGGUGCCCCUCAUCUCCGAGUACUACUUCGCCAAUCGCCUCGCUGGCAAGGUCAGCCUCUCUGGCGUGCAGCAAUCCAUCCUCCUGGCCAUCGGUCUGCAGCGCAAGAGUAUGGACGACCUGGAGAAGGAGCUGAACCUUCCCUCCUCGCAGCUCCUCGCCAUGUUCCUCAAGAUCGUCCGCAAGAUCUCUACUCACUUCCGCGGUGUCAUCGAGGGCGCUGUCUCCGACUCCAUGCCGUCGGGGCAAGUCGCCACGGCACCUCCCACCGAUGCCCAUGACGAAGCCACGAAUGAUCGAUUUAAGCCUCUGGAUACCGGAUUGGACGAGGAGCUCCGCGAAGGUGGCCAGCAGAUCGACGACGAGAUGCGUGAGAAGCAGCGUGCUCUGAUUGACUCUUUGCCGCUCGACCAAUACGAAAUUGAUAACGGCUCCACUUCAUGGGAAGACGCCGAGAAGCAGAUCCGCGGCGGCGGCGCCUCUACCGUUAGUGUUAAAGCCCCCAAGGCAUCAAAGCGGAAGAAGGGCGAGACUGCGCGCGAAAUCUACGACAAGGAGGUCGACUCGAAGCGACAGAAGAUGAUCAAGAAGGGCACCGAGGGCCGGAAAAAAUAG